CGUAAUGAAACCCCCCAGUUGCGGCUCCCCCUUCCAAACAUGACCGUUGGGGCGCUGUGCCGCUGUCCCCUUCCUGAGAUCCCAAAUACCCCACCGCCGCGCUCUCCCAACUGGCACCCGAGAAUCCUCGCGCUCGCGCACUCGACAUUCCUCGCCCCCGCGCCGCUUCGACCGUUGCCGAACCCCCUGCGCGCACGCGCUCUCCAUCUCGCGAUCCCCAGCCUGCGCCGCGAGCACGGGCCCUGGUUGGGGCUUGGGCGGGGGCGUAUGGCCUGCGCCGCGGCGAUGCCGAUCGACUUGCCCCCGGCUCCAGCUCUGGCGGCGGAGGAGAUGAGGGCGGUUGAGGAGGACGAGGAGGUGGUGGUGGAGGUGGAGGGUGGAGGGUGCGGCGGAGGCGCCGUGGUGGUGGCCGCGGCGGACGCGGAGGCGGAGGGUCACCCCUACGACUUCCACGUCUCCGGGCCGCGCAACCUGCCGCCGCCCAACUGGAAGGAGAUAAUCAGAUCGAGCUGGAAGGAUCCAAAUUACAAAAGGAUGGUAAUGGCCUGCUUCAUUCAAGCAGUCUACCUGCUUGAACUGGACAGGCAGGACCAGAAAGGCGAAGAGGAUGGCCUUGCUCCAAAAUGGUGGAAACCCUUCAAGUACAAGGUCACACAGACAUUGGUGGAUGAGAGAGAUGGUUCCAUCUAUGGCGCCAUGCUGGAGUGGGAUCGUUCUUCUGCCUUAUCUGACUUUAUCCUCAUAAGACCAAGCGGGGCACCGAGGGCUGUGUUAGCUCUCAGAGGAACCCUCCUGCAGAAGCCAACUAUGAAGAGGGACCUGCAGGAUGACCUUCGUUUCUUGGUAUGGGAGAGCCUCAAAGGUUCAGUAAGAUUUGUUGGUGCUUUAGCAGCACUAAAAUCAGCAGUUGAGAAGUUUGGCUGCACCAAUGUUUGUGUUGCUGGGCACUCCUUGGGAGCUGGAUUUGCACUUCAAGUCUGCAAAGAGCUUGCCAAACAAGGAGUUUUUGUGGAGUGUCAUCUUUUCAAUCCACCCUCUGUUUCACUGGCCAUGGGUGUAAGGAGCAUGAGUGAGAAGGCCAGCUACCUGUGGAAGAAAGUGAAAGGAAGUCUGCCAUUGAAGGAAGAAACAACAACACCACUUGAGACUGCUAAGGCUGAGGCAAGUGACAAGAAGAGAUUGCGCACUGAGAAGAAAUGGGUGCCACAUUUGUAUGUCAACAACAGUGAUUACAUCUGCUGCCACUACAACGCUCCCUCUUGCUCGUCCACAACAACAGAUGGUGCCUCCAGUGAACAGCAACAACAACGCAAGGCAAGUGAGAUUGCUGGUGAUGUGGUCGCAAAGCUCUUUGUGACAUCAAAAGGCCCGCAGAAGUUCCUUGAGGCGCAUGGGCUACAGCAAUGGUGGUCAGAUGGCAUGGAGCUGCAGUUGGCUCUCUAUGACAGCAAGCUCAUAAACAGGCAGCUGAAAUCCAUCUACACAACAACAACAACAAUGUCAUCUCCUGCCAAGUCCUAGACACGGCUUAAGCCGUUGCAUCGGUCAUUAGAAAUACUCUUUCUAAUAAUUGUGUGUUCCUUUAUAAACUGAGAAUGUAGUAUUACUCCAGUGACGCCCGGAAACAGUCAAAUAGUUUGGUUAAAGGGAUAAUGUAUGAACAGUUUCUUUUUAAAAAAAACAUGAACAGUUUCGGCAAACUAGGGUGUGCUUGGAUGUCUCACCCUGUUGCCUGGCCAUCCUCUUUGCCUGGUCUCAUCCUCCAAAAUCUCUUUAUCAAAGCUAGGAGAAAUUUUGAAA